AUGAAUUCGUUCGAUUCAGCGAAAAUGCUGCUGGCGGCGUGCGGCGGCGAUACGGUGAAGCUGUUCGACACUUCGUCGGAGCCUCAGAACCCCUGCGUUCUCACCUACUCUCCGUCUCCAGGCUUACGCGUGAAUUCCGUCAAGUGGAAUCACAACAAUUUAGUUUUGGCCAGUGCGGGCGAAGAUGGUAAAAUAUCGCUAUGGAGGAAAAAUGGGCAAAGCUUGUGGAUGGUGCCAGCCAAAAAUGCUAGGGGCGAAAUUGUUGAGCCUUCCGAGUCAAUAUCAACUAUCAGCUUCAGCAAUAAGGGAUCCCGAUAUCUAUGCUCUGGUGGAACUGGUCAAGUUGUAAGAAUAUGGGAUUUGCAGAACAAGCGUUGUGUCAAAUGGUUGAAAGGUCAUAGUGAUACUAUUACAGGUGUGAUGUACAAUUGCAAAGAUGAACAUAUAGCUUCUGUCAGUCGCAAAGGAGAUCUUAUACUUCACAACCUUGCUUCUGGCGCAAGAGCUGCUGAACUAAGAGAUCCUAAUGGACAGGUUUUGGGUGCACUUGAUUAUUCUAGGACAAGCAGGCACCUUUUAGUGACAGCUGGUGACGAUGGAUCCAUUCAUUUGUGGGACACAACUGGCCGGAGCCCAAAGGCUUCCUGGUUGAAACAGCAUUCGGCACCCACCUCUGCUGUCAGUUUUUCACCAUCCAAUGAUAAGGUAAUAGCUAGUGUCGGUCUGGAUAUGAAAUUAUACACUUUUGACACUGGGUCUCGGAAACCAUCUUCUUGUAUGCCUUACGAAGCGCCGUUUUCUUCAUUGGCAUUCGCUGAUGAUGGAUUAACCUUGGCAGCUGGUACAAGCACUGGACAGGUUGUGUUCUAUGAUGUCCGUGGGAAACCACAGCCAAUCACUGUUCUUCGUGCAUAUGGGAGCGCUGAGGCUGUCACAAAUCUUUGCUGGCAGAGGUCAAAACCUGUAAUGUUUAAUGAAAAUAACUGCACAGACGAAACUGUUCUUUUGGCCGGUGAUGUUGGGGAUUCCAUCCUUAUGCCUGAUCCACUUCCUUCUAGGGGAUCAUCAAGCCUUUCAAUGCCCUCAAUUGUGUCUGGUUCUCGAAAUUCUAGCCGUUCAGGUACCCCUGGAGAUUUAUAUUCGUUUCCUGCAGGAUCUGCAUCAAGUGGUCUAAGUUUACCUACUUCAGAGGAAACACCUCUUCGCAGCAGCUUACUGACAGGCGGAAAUCUUGCAAGGCUGCAUGCACCUCGAAGUUAUAAAUUCAAGGAUGAUAUGGAGGUGUUUUCUCCCCUUGUGGAAGUCCAACCAAUGACACCCUCUCUCGACAAGUUGUGGAAUGACCUGGAUGGUGGAAAGAAAGACCUGGAUAGAAAAACAUCUUUCCUAUUUUCUCGGAGGUUUGGCCUUCCAGAGGAAGGUUCCAUUGAUAAUCAUCCAAUUUUGGACUGGAAAACGAACUUAUCAACCAAGCAGGAUGACGCCAGUUCUACCUUGUCGCAGUUGACAUCUCCCCUUGUAUCUACACAUGUUGAUGAUUCUUCAUCCAUAACUCCUCCCGAAGCAUGGGGUGGCGAGAGAAUAUCUGACAAGCUGAGUCACCACCGGCCAGCCACUAACAUGCCAUCCCGUUUUGCAACAUUAGCAGCUACGAAUUCAUCAUCGGUAGUAAAGUUGUCUGGAUUACAAGAUAGUCUCCCCACGAAUCAAAGCACAAGCAGUUUAUCAUCUGGCCUGAGCCUGGCCAAUCUGCGCAUCAGAGAACCCCCGAAUCAUGAAACUUUAUUUAGAUCAUCAGAAGCCGUUUCCUCGCCUUUAAGCUCAAAGAGUAUUACAACACAGGCCAAGUUUGACAGUUUGGGACCUGCUUUGUCUCUCCCCAGGCGAUUCUCCAGUUAUGCAGAGAGAAUAGGCGCAACACCAUCCUUCACUGAUGCAUCGGUGUCGCCCAAAUCUAAGAAAACAGGAGUGGAAACCAGGGAAGAGCUUCUCAAUAGCUUGUUGUCAAGGUCUGAGAUGACAUCUGCCACGGGAACCAGCGUCCUUACAACUACCAAUGGUGAUGGAGUGACACAUUUACCGAAAAGCGCCUUGCAGCAUGAAGCACAGCAGGGAAGUUCUUUUACCCUCCAGCUUUUUCAGCGGACACUGGAGGAAACUCUUGCUACUUUUCAGAAAUCUAUUCAUGAUGACAUGCGAAACCUUCACAUUGAAAUUAUAAGGCAAUUUCAUAUGCAGGAGAUGGAAAUGUCUGAGGUCAUGAAAUCAAUAUUGAAAAACCAGGCUGAGAUUAUGAAAGAGCUUCAAUUUCUCCGGAAGGAAACACAGCAGCUGCGCCAGUUGCUCUGA